UACUUUUCCGCGGGAAGCAGGGCCGGACCCGAAGCAGUUAAACUGUUGAAUCAUUUCCCGCUGUUUCGCCACGCGUCCACAUCGUUCUCAUCUUCCUCUCGAAAUGUCCCAACUUCGAACCUCUCUCUCUCUCUCCGUUAUUCCAAUCUAAUCGAACCCUUACAAACCCUAACAAUCAACAAUGGCUUUGCAAGGCCCAAACCACAGAAACCCUCUCUACCCGGAGGUUAUCGAAUCAAAUCCCAACGCCUCCUCAAAGCCUAACUCUUCCUCAAAUCUCUACCCCUCCAUCGACAUGCGGAACCUCGUCGAGAACCUCUUCCCUGACAACGACAAUCUCCACAACCCUAACUCUAGUCACCCCACGGCCCCGCCGGUGGCCAUUGAAGAGGUCCUGAUUACGAUCCCUGGAGCAAUUCUCAACCUCAUCGACAACCACUACAGCGUCGAGCUGGCCUGCGGCGACCUCACCGUUGUCCGUAUCCGGCAGGGCGACAAUGUCGUCGCCGUCCUCGCCCGCGUCGCCGACGAGAUCCAGUGGCCGCUCGCCAAGGACGAGGCAGCCGUCAAGCUCGAUGACUCGCACUACUUCUUCUCCCUCCGCACACCCAAGGAACACCGGUCCGGCUCCGAUUCGAGCGACGAGGAAGACGAACCGACCGACUCGGACGAUUUGCUUAACUACGGAUUGACGAUUGCGUCCAAGGGCCAAGAGAACCUCGUCAAGGGCCUGGACGGGAUUUUGCAGAGUUACAGUAGUUUUUCGGUCCAGAAGGUUUCGGCGAAUGCAAAUAUUAAGAAGGGGGAGGCGCUGGACGGGUCGGUGGCCAGGGAAGUCUCGCCGGCAGAGUUGAAGUCGGAGAAGAAGAAGGAGCUGAUGGAGAAGCGGUGCGCCGCGUACUGGACGACGCUGGCGCCGAAUGUGGAGGAUUACAGUGGAACCGCUGCGAGGCUGAUCACGGCCGGAUCGGGGAAGCUGAUCAAGGGGAUCUUGUGGUGCGGGGACGUCACGGUGGAUAGGUUGAAGGUAGGGAAUGAGGUUAUGAAGAAGAGGAUAAACCCGCGUUCUAGUUCGGAGAUUGAUCCUAAAACCUUGAAGCGGAUUAAAAGGGUUAAGAGGGUGACCAAAAUGACGGAGAAGGUUGCAACUGGGGUUCUCUCUGGGGUUGUUAAAGUGUCUGGAUUUUUUACAAGUUCCAUAGCAAAUUCAAAGGUCGGCAAGAAAUUUUUUGGCCUCCUGCCUGGGGAGAUUGUGCUUGCGUCCCUGGAUGGAUUUAGCAAAGUCUGCGAUGCUGUUGAAAUAGCUGGAAAAAAUGUCAUGUCAACAUCAUCCACUGUGACAACUGAACUUGUCACCCACAGGUAUGGGGAACAAGCCGGUGAGGCAACAAGUGAAGGGCUUGAUGCUGCUGGCCAUGCUAUAGGGGCUGGAUGGGCUGCUUUUAAGAUCCGAAAGGCAUUCAACCCUAAAAGUGUUCUUAAACCUACCACCUUGGCAAAGUCUGCUGCUAAAGCUGCAGCUGCUGAGAAGAAGAAGGCUAAGAAGUCCAAAUAAUUGCUGAUGGGAAUUUUUCAGAAGUGCAGCAGAGGACUACAAAGCCGUGGUUUCUGUGUCACAAGGUCAAAAUGCUUGCUGGGCUUGAAUCAGCUGCCUGGGCCCUUGUAAGAAGUCCGGUUCAGUGACUUCUUUGCACAAAAGCGAACAAAAAGGCCAUCAUCGAACAUGGUAUUUUCACCGUAGCCGGGACGUUGUACAAGGAAGCAUGAUUCCUGCGGGGAGGAGGUUACUCAUGCUGGCACUAUCUCAAUUUUCUAACAUCCCAAAAAGCAAAAGGAGAAAACUAACUAUUUAUCCUUCGGCUCUGUACUCGUAGGCGGUGGAAGGGGUUGUUGUAGGUUUGGUGGGUUACCAGGAUGAGGGAUGAUAAACAUCACGCCAGGCUUGCAUGACUCUACGAGGAUAGUGAGCGUAAAGGUGGAAACUGAAAAAAAAGAAUGAAGAGCAAGAACAAGAAACAGGAGAGAAGAGGAGAGGGAGAGGGGAAGCCCAAUUACGGCUGUUAAUUAUUAAUAUUUUCAACCGUAGCCCAAUUGAGCUCAAGUCUAUCGAGUACUCGAAUGAUGGAUUGGUGGCUUGACUAAGGGCUCGUUUGGGAGUGCGAUUUCAAUAAGUAUGAUUUUAAAAAUUGUGUUUUUAAAAAUUGUGUUUUAAAAAUCUCUACUUUUUAAAAUCGCACAUGUGUUUGAUAAAACAUGCUAAUAAGUAUUUUUUUUUAUCAAUUGAGUGUUU